ACAGACUGGUAGCUAACUCGUUUUGGAAGAAUCCUAAAAGAUCAACGAGGAAAUUGUGCUGGUUCGCUGGAGAAAUGUCAAGAGAUGAGGCAGAAGGAAAGUUGGAUGGGAAAGUACCAGGAACAUUCAUGAUCAGAAUGAGCGCGACUCAUAGGGAAGAAGGAAGUUUUGUGCUGUCACUGGUCAUGGCUGAUGAAACCAUCGAACAUUUCCUCAUCGAGGGACAUCCAUCACAAGCAGUACAAUCCAAUCCUUUCAGUCUGUGUUUGACGUUCCAAGGUCACACAUUUUCUGGUUUACCAGAUUUAGUGAACGAAUACCUUGUACGUACAGAUAUAUCGGAUGGUGACCCCGACAAUGGGACAAGGUGUCAGAGAGUGUGCUCGGACCUUCCGUACAACGGGAUUCUGUCCAGUUACAAGAAAUAACUUAGUCAGACAGUGGUAUCAGCGCAUGAUCCCAGUCAGAUCUAAACACAGGAGCAUGCCUGGUCGUGAUAUGUUUUCUACAUGCAUAGGCGUUACCUGACAUGCAUUACAAUAUGUACAUUUUACUGUAUGUUAUGCAUAGAUUAAGCAGCUCCUUGUAAAUGGGGAAGAGAUUGCUAUAUUGAAUUCCAAGCUAGAGACAUGAUAUUUAUUGUUUUUAUGCUGGACUGGCCUUUGGAAUGCUCUUGAAACACAAUUAACAUUGGAGGUUGUGUACACAGUAGUUGGACGCAAUUUGGUAAUGUGCCCCUAAGGGUAAUUCUUAAGGUAAUUAAUUCUUUGUGUACUGAAGCAACCCCUGUGUUUAUAUGACAUGUUUGUAAGAACAAAUGCAACUGGAAAUAAUACAAUCAAGUGAAAAUGAUGUCAAUGUCUUAUUAUACA